UUUUUACUUCGACGCUAGUAUAAAAUCAUACUAUAAGAAAAGUUCAAAAAAUGUUUCAAUCGCCUGAAUAUAGUAAUAUAUUGUCACUGAAGUUAUCUGAGGUAUUAGAGGAUGUUGGUGUCAAUGAAGAAAUGGUGAUGAAAAGAAGAAGAGUUCACAUGCUGGCAGAGAAUAUUCAUACUGUGUCAUUGAAGUCAAUAUGUGAAAACAGAACUGUAUAUAAUUUUGGGAGUCAAUCUGAAGGCACAACUACUAUAGGACUCAAUUCAGAUACUGACAUAUUGCUUUUGGAUUAUGAUUAUAAUGUAAUACAGGACUGGGCAGAGUGGAAACAGAAUAAGAUCAAUCUUCUUAUGAUACAGGAUGAGGAUGUUACACCAGGAUAUUGUUUCCUACAACUACUAAGAUCUGAUGAGCCUCUAUUUGAGACAAUCAUUCCUGAUCAAGAUUAUAUCAGAGAUAAUAAAGGGAAAAUAUUAUUGAAAAAUACAUCAUUGACUGCUGCUGGUGAUGAUGCUGUGAGACACGGUCCGUCUAAUUCUAUCCUCGGGAAAGAAGGAUAUAAUGACAUUGAUAUAGUUUUUGGUUAUCCUUGUAAUUCAUUGCCACAAUCAGCUUUACAUUCACUAGACAGACAAAGCAUAUGGAGAUGGCCAAUAUCUGAAAUGAUCAGAUAUGCUGUAAGUAAUGGUUGUUUUGUUGUUGGUACUAGCAGUAAGAUUAGUACUUCCCCAGAACUAGAAUGGAGAAUAUCGACAUCAUUAGGAGAAAGAUGUUUUAUGUUUAAUACAAACAUAACACAAUUACAUUGUUAUGUUUUGAUGAAAAUUAUUUUGAAAACUUUUCUAACACCUCAAAGAGAAAGUUCAUUGUCUAGUUUUAUGUGUAAAACUGUAGUAUUACACUGUAUACAAAACACCGACGGAAACAUUUGGAAAAAGAAUAAUCUUUUCACAUGUUUAACAUAUUGCCUGCUUGAACUGCAAAGCUAUAUUCGAAAUGAAAAUUGCCCGCAUUUUAUAAUUCGCGUAAACAACCUUAUGGCCGGACAAUUUACCGCAGAAGGGAAGCUUGAUAUUUUACAGAAGAUAAGUAACAUAAUACAGAGUGAUGGUAGACAUUUGCUUCGAAUAUGUAUUGAUGAUUUUGGUAAUCGACUCCAGGCCAAACAACAUACAGAUCGUGCGAUACCUUAUGGUAUGCUUACUCCUCGUCUCAUUAAUGAAAACAUUUCGGUUUGGUUAUUUCAUAACUUAGCACGAACUAUUGUCACGAGCAAUUGUCCAUUAAUAAUUUUAAAUUUGUUGGAAAAACAAAAUGUCAAUCUCAAACAAUGUAUCCUAAAGCUAGUAAACUAUAGUGUACAUGGAUCUAGACUAGAGCAGCUUGCAAGCCGUUGUUUGGUACCGUUUCUUUAUUCAACCCUUGGAUCUAUAAUGGUGUCAUCAAAUAUUCGACGGAAUACUGCAAUUCAAUAUCAAGCUCUUAAGUUGUUAUCAUUAGGUUUAAACUCGGAUGUGACAUCUGGCAGACUUAAACUAGCGUCAGUGUUGUAUUCUGUAGGUGAUAUGGAUAGAGCGGAGUUCAUUCUGAAACAAACAGAAAAUCGAUACAACUGUGAUAUUGUUGAACCUUUAUGUGUUUGCUGGAGAUGUCCAAGGUCUAAUUGGUCUGCAGAAUUUAAGAGAAAAUGUCGCGAACAAAAUGAAGAUUGCAUCAAUCGUAUCACAUCAUUUUGUGUCAGAUUCAUGCAAACGGAGGUAAACUGUAUACCUCGAGAGUUACAAUAUGAACUGAAGAGAUCUACACAAGAUGACAUGCAACACAGAAGUUAUAUAGACAAAAUGUGGAUGGACUUUGCAGUCGUUGAUUCUCUCCCUUUUCUCUACUUUUUACAGUACAAGGUAGACGGAAAUCUACAAAGACACCAGGAUCAACAUGAAGCACUUUGUAACCUUGUAAUUACUACCAUGUCUGGUCAAAACCUUUGGCACAGGGAAACGGCUCUAAACUUAAUUGGUCAAUGUAUGGAACAGGAGAACAAACCAAAAGAGGCGAUGCGGUGUUAUAUGCUUUCUCUUCAACAAAGAGAAAGAAACAACGCCGCAAAAUUCCAUAUUUGUAAUUUAUUGAGAAAGCACCUUUCUGACAUUUAAAGGGUCUGAUGUUUGUUAUGUCGAGUGAAAAAAUGAUAAAUAUAUUUCAAACAAAAAUAUCAUCAAUAUUUAGAAUAAUAUGUAUAUUUUCAAUUGUAUUGCUGUUCAUUCAAAAGGCAUUAAUCAUUAUUUUGUAAUUUAAUUUUUCAUAGGGCAUGUGCUCAAUAAUUGUAGUUUCACUUACUGAACAGUUACAUGAG